AUGAUUCCAGGGACAGCUGGUAGUGGUAACGGUGCCUUUCAGAAGCUGACUUCGAAUGCUAAUAGGAGACUCACUGUAGCAGGAAGCACCAGAUCACGCAAUACAGGGGCUCCAACAUCAAAUACGGCCCUAGCUGAAGAACUGGAAAAGACUGAGCAGUCAAUUACUUUGGCUUUACAAGAAAUUGACAAGAACUUUGCACAGGCAAAUAGAAUCAUUUCUGAAUCCAUUUUACCGAGCAUUGAAAAGUAUUCUCAAGAAUCAAGGAGAUUGUGGGAUAAUGCUGGCUUUUGGAAGGACUUCUUGGAGUCGUCAGCUGAGGUCACCCUAUCCACAUAUGAAGAGAUAGCGGCUCCAAUGGGCAGCUUGUCUAUUGACAAAGAGUCCAUUUAUGAUACCACCAAUAUGACUAUGCCAGGGGAACAGGAAUAUGACCCUGACAACGAGGACGAAUAUCUUCGUCAACAUGGCCAUGGUCAUGGCCAGCUAUAUGGCCCUGAAACUGGUCUUCAAGGGUUGAAUAGAGAUAGGGCAUAUGAAAAUCAACAACAGCAACAGUAUUCACCGGAUAACUUUCGAAGAAGUCGGGGUAGGUUUUUGGACGACGAUAUAACCCCCGCAAACCAGUCGACUCCAUUGAAAUUAGGGUCACCCGUGGGAUCACAACGCAAAAUCAAGCGAUCUCCAUCACGGAUACCUGUACUUACAGAUCCAGAAAAGAGUCCCCAUCGGAGUCCACUACGGCUUAACGACCAAACUACACUGGCGCCACCUACUGGUAUGGGCCAUACUCAGAAUACAAGAAAUGCAGCAUAUGAUAAUUCCAUGGAUGAUUCGUCUUUUAAUAUCGAAAAGCCAGUCACUAGACUCAUGAGUCCUGGAAGGAUACCGCAGUCAGUUUUACGGACUCCCAAGGCAGGAAGCAAUAGUCAGAAACCGUUUCCAACAGGAGCAGCUAACAGCGUUCUUCGACACCAAGUGCUCAACCGAAACUGGAGAAUCCAAGCUACACCAAAACCGUCGAAAACACAACAAUCAGGAGUUAGCGAUGUACGUCGCAGCAGUUUUCUGCAGCAUCUUUUGGACGAAGAUUCGUCUAUGUCAGAUAUAGUGGCACCACCAAAACUACAAAGUGAGCUCUUUUCACCAGCUCCAUCUUCCUUAAAGAGUGCAUCAGGGCUGACGCCAGAACCAAAACCUUCUACGAAUAUUUUUAAUGACCCUACUACGACCCGUAACACUAAUAAUCCGACCACCACAGCUACAACCACAGCAGCCAGUAACACUUAUUAUACAUCCUCAGCCUCUACAAAGCAACAUCAGCCUACGAGGACCGAAACAAAUGACGCCUUUUCGAAACCACCGUCAACUCCAGCUAAUCGUAAACUACCUACUUUCUACGAUGAGACAGACUCAGACAUCGAUCAUAUCAUGGAUGGCAUCUCCCCUCCGGUUACACGACAAUUCACCACUGCAGCGGGUACAACUGGACAAUUUGUCAAAACGCCAGCUCGACAGGCUGUUCGGACAAUUGUUAACGAUAUUCUUCGAACAGUUGGUGGAGCGGACGACAGCAGUUCUAUGAUGAGUCAAGAGUCAUUCCUCAACGAUCAUAGUUUCACAGCGCAUGGAAACAACGACAGUGACAGCGACAGUGAUGCCAUGGAUUUUUCGCUCUAA